GAUUUGCCGUGCAUAAUUAAUUGCAAUAGGUAUGGGCAUCUCUUCCUGUGCCUGUGGCAACUGAGGAGCGACGAGCGAGACAGACGGACCGACGGAAGCUUGAAGUCUUGCUGUAUCUUUUUGAACGAGUCGCCUCCGCAUUGCGUAUAACACAAUGGCACCACGCCGGCCUGCACGAGUCGCGACGGGCUUCGCACUGCUUGGAAGUGCGCACGCGCGCAGCUCGGCUCUUGGCUCUGAAGAAGGAUGGCGCAAUGAAGACUCGGGGGCGGAGCGUCCUGAAGGCGAUCCCACCGACAAUGAACUGCAGCGCAUCAAAGAUCUCCUUUCCCGCAGUGAUCUAUCCGCGUCAUUGUUGCAAGAUCUCCCUGUUCCCGCAGCACUUCCUGUCGACGGCGGAAACCACUUGCCAGAGCGCGCCGACGGCGUCUCUGCGGAAUUAUCUCGAGGGCACGACGCAACUGCGCAUCUAUUGGGAUCGCCAGCAGCACCUGCCCCGCCGCUUUCUGAGGCAGCACAUCAGAGACAAACACAAACCACCGAUUUGGACCAGCUGGCGUUGGAGAUCGCCAGCUCACCGGAGUUCACCAACCGCGGCGACUACAUGCAAGAGCAAGACGCAGCUCCGGCCCUCAGCCCGACGUCCGCCAACUGCACCUGGAGAUACUACAAUCAGCCACUAGACCACUUCGCGGGGAAGACAUAUCAAUCAAAUUUUGUCUUCGAACAAAGAGUCUGCUUCUAUGAGGGAUUUGCAUCGACGGAACAACGAAAAGAAUCGGAACGACAGAACGAAGAUGAAGGAGAAGGAGAUUUGCAACGAAGCCGAAGCGUUGCUACUGUCACCAGUACAACUCAAUCACUGUCAUCACCAGCACCAGCAGCUAGUACAACUUUGGCGGCACCAUCAAAACCGUUCGACGUCGCCUUUUUCUACGUCGGCAACGAGUCUCCUCUUGAAGUCUACAUCAACAACACCGGUUUGAUGUGGAACCUCGGGAGGAAAAUGCGCGCCGCCCUGAUUUUCGCGGAGCACCGGUACGAGGGCGAAUCCGUGCCGAAAAAUUUGAACAACACGAAAAACUGCCUGGCGUAUGCAUCUUCCAAACAGGCGCUCGCGGACUACGCACUGCUGAUCGAAACGCUGAAGAAAUUUGACCAGAACUACUCCAAAACUACCAAAUUCAUCGCCUUCGGUGGUUCCUACGGCGGCAUGCUCGCCGCCUGGAUGCGGACCAAGUACCCGCACCUGGUGCAGGGCGCCAUCGCGGGCUCCGCGCCGAUCUACGGCAUCCCGACGUUCUUUCCGCAAAUAAAACUCGACAGCUCCGCCGUCACGAUUGCGCGGGGCCUCAUGAAACCAGGAGGCUUGCCGAACAACGACUGUGCCGAAAUUUACCAAAUCGCCUGGCUCCUCCUCCAGUAUUGGCUGGCGGAGACAAAGCACGGCGGGGAGGAGAUUCAAAAGGCGAUGAAGCUGUGCACAAAGCCUCGUAUAAUCACUAUGUUCUGCUUCUGCACCAGCGGUUUUUUGACUUUCAUCAACGUUUUGACCUAUUUAGCUUCGAAUUUCAGACAUCAGUAGAGGUGGAUGGCACGAGGACUGGUGCAUGAAAAUGGUCUCGUCUGCUAGUCGUGUCGACUAUAGAAGCAGUUGUGGUGACGCAUGAAAGAUGAAAAUAUAACAACUUUACAGGUCCGAAAGACAGCCUGGCCCUCCUGACCUUUCUCCAGUCCGCGUUCUUCCUCCUCGCGGAGGGCAACUACCCGUUCCCCUCGGAUUACAUCACCGGCGCGGUGGGUGGAAACAUGAGCGCAAAACUGCCCGCGUGGCCGAUGAGAAAAAGCUGCUCGAAUUUGCUCGAUGGCUUCAAACCAGGAGGGCAGCACUACCGAAAGGUCUUGAAAUUGGACCGGGAGAAAUCUUCAUCUUCAGACGGGACGAAGUUUAACGUCACCAUUUUCAGUGGGAAGGAAGGUGCUGCCGAAAACGACAAGAGCUUAGAUGCAGCAUCAGCUUCCGCGGCACACACCGCUGGCAUUAUUAGCGACGCACUAAAGCAACACACGAAGUCGACUCCCAAUAAACAACCUCUCCCGGUAAAAGCAUCAUCUUCAUCAGAACGCGCCCCCUCUUACGUGUUCAAAUUUCAGAUCCAAGUUGACGGAAGUGAAUAUACGGUUGACAAGAAAACUUCCGACAGUUUUCCGGAACAAAUUGCGUCCGAACUGCUGGAGCGCGUGUCCGCGGGGGUUGCUGUGUGGUACAACGUCACGGAAAGGGUGGAAUGUUUGGAUUGGGAGGGCUUUGUGCCCGAUGCGGAAAAAAACGAUCACGAUGAGGAUGAUGACAGUGAUAAUUCCGCGUCUUCUGAUGUGUCGCACGACCCAAAGAGCAGCAGCACCGACAUAGUUCAGAAAUACCGGCGACGCGCCACGCGGCAGCUUCCGUUCCGGUCUCUCAGUAAGGGAAUGCUGAUGAACACUAUGCUGGCUGCUCCAGCGAGGUCGUCUUCACUACCGAAUAGCAACAGCGAGGGCAAGGCAGCAGCAACGACGUCGACAACCGCGAACGAAAGUACGGGUAAGAGCAAAAAGAAACUGCUACUGUCCUCAUCCUCUCAUGCCGUGCAGCGAGGUAGCAGUUCCAUCGCGGAGGAGAAUGUUGAAAAUAACGACGUCUGCCUGUACAACUCCAACGACCCUGCAAAUCCCAACGCCGUCCCAGGCGCAUUUAGCUGGGGUCCGACAGUUUGCAACGACCAAAUGUUUUUGGUCAACACGAUCUCCCAGGGCUUCGGUCGCGACAAAUUCUUCUGGCCACCCACUGGCGCGGCGAACCUGACGGAGUUGUACGGGGAGGCUGAGAAGCCGAUAAUUGAAGUCACGCAUGAGAACGAGAAUAAAGCUGCUGGUGCCCCCACGCAACAGCAACAAGCACAAGCAUCUACCCCUGCUUCUCCCUGCAGCCAAGAGUACGCGGCGCAGCACCUGUACGGGUUGGCAGAAAGGAACGACUUCUACGGCCAGGAGCUGUUUUCCUACUACGGCAUGAUGCUGGAGUCGAGCAACAUCAUCUUUUCCAACGGCUUACUGGAUCCCUGGAUCGGCGGCGGGGUGUCCGUCCCGCAAGAUCUACCGCCGUACCAGAAAUAUCGCGGGAAAGUGGUGUAUCCGGUGAAAAAGGAAGAUGAAGUCGGCAUCGCGGCAGAUGGCGGAACAAUACAUCGUCGCCCAAAGCCCGACGACUUACUAGUUGCUCUGAUCGAGAAGGGGGCGCACCAUCUGGAUUUGAUGUUUCCGUCGAAGGGGGAUCCGCUGGAAGUAAAAUACAUCCGGUAUGUCGAGCGGAAGUUCAUCGAGAAGUGGACGAAACAGCAUGUUGAACAGGAGGCGACCGAGCUGCCGGUUGUGGACAGUGCAAGGAUAACAAGAAUAAACGAGAAGAUUGAUAAAAGAGACGCAGGUGGAACAAGCAGCACGAAAUCAACAGCAGGCGACGACUACUUAUCAAGCGAAGCGUAUGGAGGCGUCAGGUUUGAAAUCGUCAGAGUUGGAAUAAUUUGUAAUGCAUAAAACGCAUGACCCGAGGCACGUGUGUUGCAGAGCAGGCAAGUGAGGCCGAUUGUAAGCCUGUUUGGGGUUACAGCUCGAGCUGCUAAAGUAGCAUGAGAAAAUCGCUCUGCUUUGCCUAAACAGCAUGACAAACAGGAUUUAGGGACCACCGAGAUUUGUCAUGCGCCACUUAGAAACUGGGCUCCAACUCGUAUCCAUUUUAUGCAUGAUAAAUUAUUUCCUUCGGUCCGCCUGACUCCACGACCUGGUGGCCGAACCAUCUGCGGUGAGGUGCCCUUACAGGUUGUGUAGUGGUUUCGGUCGGUUUAGCAUGACAAAUUAUUUCAACUUUGUCGAUUUCAACUCUGACACAUCCAUAAAGCGGGUGUCGUGGAGGAGCAGCCCGUCUGGCAGUGAUCACUGAGCUACAGCUGUUUUGUAGAACAAAUGGGCAGGCGAAAUAAGAACAUUACAAUGCGCGUCCUGUUUGUGUUUGAGCCUUUUUCUUUUAUUUUGCAAUUUUCUUCUUUAUCUUUUGGUUUCCGAACCCGAAAUCCGUGCGUGUGAGCGGAGACGCAACAUGCAGUUCCACAUAUAAAGACGAUAUAAUGUCGUGAAAUGAAUCGAUAUAUAAGGUUAAGGUGACACGCAAGGCCAAGG